GAGCCACUCGCUGCUGGCGGCAGAGGCGCUCUCGGCGCUGGCUGCAGAUGUCUGAGCGGCUGGCAGCCGGGGGGCCGGCGGGCCGCCCCGAGGACGGCCCGGGAGUGGAGGGGAGCCAGGCGGCCGCCUCAGAGAAUGAAGAUCUAGAAAACGCCAAGGUGACCUCUCUAGUGGCUUCUGCCUCUGAUCCAGAGCCCCAUUCCUCACCCUACAGGCCACAGAUGGGGUCCCCGGGGAGUGAGGAUGCCACAGAAGACCUGCGGAAGACAGCCGGUGCCUUGGAGGCUCAGACCUUGGUGGAGCAGGAGGUGCUGCCUGCAGACCGGGCCCAGGUCCUCAACAAGAUGGCCAAGUACCAAGUUCCACAAAGGUCUGGGGACAUCGUUAUGAUCCAGUCUGAGCACACAGGAGCUAUAGAUAUCCUUUCAGCUGACUUGGAGUCUGCAGAUCUACUGGGGGAUCACAGGAAAGUGUCCCCACCUCUGAUGGCUCCUCCAUGUAUCUGGACCUUUACCAAGAUGAAGGAAUUCAAGAGCAAGCUGGGCAAAGAGAAAAACAGCCGUCUGGUGGUGAAGCGGGGUGAGGUGGUGACCAUCCGGGUACCUACCCAUCCAGAGGGGAAGCGCGUUUGCUGGGAGUUUGCAACUGAUGACUAUGACAUUGGCUUUGGAGUUUAUUUUGACUGGACCCCUGUAACCAGCACUGACAUAACUGUGCAGGUCAGUGAUUCCAGUGAGGAUGAGGAUGAAGAUGAGGAAGAGGAGGAAGAGAUCGAAGACCCUGUCCCAGUUGGAGACGUAGAGAGAGGCUCCAGGAGCUCCCUUCGAGGUCGCUAUGGGGAGGUCAUGCCAGUGUACCGGCGAGACAGCCACCGAGACGUGCAGGCUGGCAGCCACGACUACCCCGGCGAGGGCAUCUACCUGCUCAAGUUUGACAACUCCUACUCCCUGCUCCGCAACAAGACUCUCUACUUCCACGUCUACUACACCAGCUGAAGGCCCGCCGGGUCAGGGGGCAGGCGCAUGUCCGCUGGCUGGAGCAGGCCGCCAGCUGGGGCCUCUCGUUUUGGACAGGCAGGAGCUAAAAGUUGAGCGUGGGGCUCCUGACCCUCACGUCCUGCCUGGCAUGCCUGACUGUUGACCCCACAUAGCUUUCCCCCCUUCUUGGCUUCUGCAGGUGGUGGUGUAGCACUCCUCUUCUGUGGUCCCUGGCUCACGCUCUUGCUUCAGACUCCAGCAAAGUCCCUCCGUGAAGGAGCCCAUCAGGCAAAAGCCUAAAGGGUAGUUGGGUGUUCUCUUUUAAAAAUAGGUUUGUUCUGGUACAAGGUAUUAUUCCAGUUGCUGCUCUCUCCUCUCCCAGAGCCUGUACUGCAGACGUGUUUAGUGGCACCCACUCUUCACCUUUUGAAAGUGCUGGAAGAGGAAAAAGCACAUUGUCCAUGAGGGCACCCAGUCUUUUGGAUGGAGAAAGCUCUGUCCAGCCUCUCACCACUGCCAUAUUCCCACCUGCUGGUUCUUCAUGGUCUGUAGCACAGGCCGGGAGCCCUCACUGCCUUGGGAGGGGUGUUAGUAGUCCAGAUCGUUCGACUCUGCCUCGUGCCCUCCUCUUGCCUUCCCCACGUCCGUAUCCUUGCCCUCCCAGCAAGAACGUCUGUGCAGCCUAAGUGAGGAUCUCGCAGUCUAAGAUCCACAGGGGAGAGACUGCCUCCGUCAACUUCCUACUUCAAGAGGUAGCGUCCCUGAGCGAAGGUGCUGACAGCUGAAGGGGAAAAGGCAGAAAUUAGGUACUAGAUUGAUCUCAGAAUCCACAUCUUUGAAAGUCAAGUGUUACUGAAUUAUUAUUUUUUGUUUAAUCAAAGAAGGUAUAAUCUGAGAGACAAAGUUAAAAAACAAAAUCACUCCAGAGUCCCCACCACUCUUCUUUAUCUUAUAGAGGGUAGGAGUGUUAUUUAGAAAUUUUGCUUCAGAACCAAUCCAAUUUUGAGUUUCUGAAUUUAGGUUUCUUGCAUUGAGGGCUUAAAGCUUUUGGUGUUCAAAGUCUCUUAGAAAAGGCGGUACUGAAGCAUCACUGUUGCUGCUGAUUGGAUUGGUUCUUUCCCAGGCCAAAGCUUGCAUUUCCUGGGUGGCAGCCUUCCCUGCUAUAUUAGUCCUGAGGCCCAGGGAGCGGGUGGGGGCACUGCAGUCAGCAGCCAGAGUGGCGGGGUGGCCGGGCUUCGGGCAGCGGAGACCACUGUGGUCGUCUGUACCUCCUUGUUUCUUAUUCCUUGUGUCCAGUCUGUUAUUGCCUUAGAAUUUUGAGGAAUAAUUCGAUUUAUUUAUUACUUUAUUUAUUUAUUUUUUGGCACAUUUCAUUUUGCCUCUGAAACACUUUCCACCUGUUUCUUAGAAGGCUUCCGUCUGCUCUGAGCCACUGAGGCCACCUCUUCUGUGGAGUUGGAUGAUGAUUUUAGGAGAAGCUGGGAAGUGAGAAUUCCCUUCCUGCAGGUCAGUCCUGGGGUGCUUGCGGAGGACUCCGCCCUUCUGGGGUGGACGAUGCCCCCCUCCCCCAGCGUUCCCUGGGAGGAGUUCUAGGCUGCGAGGGGCCCUGCCCACUCACCCAGGAUUGAGUGCAGAGGAACUGACGUGCCAAGCGGGCAUAUCCGAGGAUUCCGGGAUUUCAGAGUCCUUUGCCUACUCUGAGGAGUCCUCUUCCUCGUGACGUUUCCUUUGGCUCGUUCCUUCCUUGUGCAGGGGUCUGACACCAAGCCUGUCCUCCCUACAGGAGCAGGGACUCGAUCAGGGCUCCUCACGGUAGCACCUGUGUCACCAACAAAGGGCAGUACAGCCUGUACCUUCUGUUCCCCUGGGAGCGAAGCCCCAGGAGGGUCAGAUGUUGCGGACCAAGCAGCGUCACACCACCAUUGUGUUGUAUUUCAGUGCGUUUUGUAGAGGAUUACACUGGCCAACGUGUACUACCUUGUAAGAAAUUAGAAAUGAUUUCAGUGACUAUUUGGGCAGCGAAAAGCAAACUCGCUGAGCGUCAUCUAAUCAUGAGAUAAACUGAGCGAGCACUCUUUCAGCAUGAAGUUGAAUCCUGCCUUAGCUAAUUGAGUCUAAUCUUUAUGAAAUAAUUUUCUACUGAGCCUGUUCCCCAGUCAGCUAAAGCCUUGCUUAUUUUUCCUGUUUAUUAUUAACUUCCGGCUUUCUCUUAAAACGGAGCUGUCGGGCCCUAGCAAGCUCCCUGGGACAACAAGCACUCUCUUCUUUGUUUAUUUUUGCCAUGAGCUUCUCUGUACUUAUUUUCUUUGGCAUCCUAGUCCCGGUGCAUCAGGGAAGCCUGAGGGACCUGUUCCCGUCACCUCCACGUGCCUCUUUUUGUCUGGUCGCUUUUGAAGUCCUUGGACAUUGUUACAUUUCACCCUGCAUGGGCGUUUCUUUGUUCCAUUAGUACAAAAUGGCUUUUCAAAAGAAGAUAUUUUUGCUGUCUAAUCAUUUACUCUUCUCCUAUUAAAUUUCUGCAAUCCUUGAACUUUAGGGACCAAAUAUUAUUUGUGGAAGCACAUGUAAUUACUGAGAAUUUCAGAGCCCAGCGAAUCCUGAGGUCAUCCUUUCCUUAAUCUCUCCCUGUCCAAGUUCGUAGAACCAAGCAAUGAAAUCAAAGUCUUCUGCUCCCCCCCGAACUUGUUCUCUAGAGCACAAAUAAAUACUAACAGACAGAAGAGAGCGCUUUGUAGUGGGAGAGAGAUUGAAAUUCUCUACAGAGUAGCCGACUUCUUACAUUUCUUCAGUCUGUUUAGCUUUGCCACUCUGUUGAGAGAUGGGGCUUUUAGAAAGGAGGGCAUGUUUAAAGUGUUAAUUUUUUCUAACAUUUUAUGAUAAAGAAUUUUCAGCAAGCAGAGAACUUAAAAGUAGAGUGAGGGUAACUCUGAGGCUGCUCUGGAAAGACUUUGUUCUAAUCUGUUGCUUUAUGACAGGCCCUCAGGCCUCCGGAGGUAAAACUCAGUCCUCAGACAAUAAUGGGGUAGGUAACGCCUCGAAAUAAGGUCAUUCAUGUAUUUUAAAAAUAUUUUUUAUCUGUUAUUUAGGAAAGGAAACUUCAGACUUCUUAAAAGUACAUAUUUUACUCUACUAUGUCUAUAUGAAAAGAGUUAAAUCUGGGAGUUCUCUAUCUUGUGCUAAUCAGUGGGAGUCAAUAUUAUUGUAAACCUUACCAGUUACAGAAAAUAUCUGAGUUUCAACGUUUUUGAUGAGCCCUAUGCAGUUCCUCUUUGAAACAAUUAGGCAAAAACUCACUCUUCUGCAAAAAGUUGCCUUUUAACCCCAAAGUAUAUGAUUCUAAGGUAUGGAGGUGAGUCACCCUAACAUUUACAUAAAGGACAGUUGUUUUAGUGGAGGGAGAAGGAGGGACCUGAGGGAAAGAGUUUUGUGCAGCUUGGGGAUUGCCUUUUAAAACUGAUAGUAAGUGGGGGGUAGGAAAGAGUAAAAUGAGGGGAAGAGAGAGAAGCUCUCAAAUGUAUCCCAGAAUUUUGCUCCUAUCCCAAUUUUAUUUAGUUCUUUAGUCUGUACUUUAUUAGUUGGAACUGUUGUUGAAGCCAGAAGCCUUGCUGGUUCUCAUUGUGCUUGUCUCAGAAACCUCCAAACCAACAGGAUCUUCUCCAACAGGAUUGACUUUAGGACUCUUUCUGAGUAGGUCUUCUCUACUAAGUGUAAUCCCCCGACCCGGGGCUGGGUUUCAUCUCCGUGUUCUCUGGGCCAUGGAGAAGGAUGGUAAGACUAGAAAGAAGCUAGGAGGAGGUGCAGCUGUGUCCCUCCAGCCCCUGUUGGUUUUGACUUGGCCAAGAAAGGGGUGAAAUCAGUUAAUUUUGACUAACAUCACAGAAGGGCCUCAAGCCACAGGCAUAUAUUUGUGAGCCAGCUGUGCCCCUCCAGGCUGGCCUCUGUGUGAGGUGUAGGAAUCCCUGUCUUCUCUAACCUGUGUGGGAUGGUCACAGUUUGUUCUCCCUUUAAAGAGCUUCCAUUGGGAAUUUCUCCUGGGCCUAAAAGGUCCACAUCAACCUCUCUAACUAGUCUCUUUCCGCCUGGCCAAAAGUGUAGAAGUCCUGGAAACCUGAAUUUGCUGCAAAAGGGAAGAGCACCAUCCCUAUAGAAUCGCAGUGGUUGAAGAGAGUUGGAAGGUGAGUUUCUGUCUGAAGGGAAGUAAUUUCAUUUCUUUUAUUGUGAGGGGUGGCACAUUAAGAGAUUCAUGCUCUUUAGAGAGCAAGUCAUUGUCUUACCUGUGUUUGUGCUCAGGAAGCCAUGAUGCAGGAUUCUGUGGGAAGUGAGUAGGACAUGGGUCUAUAGAACCAGUCACAAGCUCUCUAGUAACCCGGUGUGUGGUGAGCAUCUCUAUGGCCAAAAUCCCAGUCUUCAUGCAUGGAGUCCAUCCCUAGGCCCUCAUUUCCACACACUUGAGAGAUAAAGAGGGACCAGGGCCCCCCAUUUCUCUCCGAUGUCUUGGUUAUUUACAAUAUUGUUUAGCACUGGCAGUAUAGUAUCCAAGGCCUCUGUUUACUGGAUUAAUCAGUUAGCGUGAGUUGAGUGGAAAAGGCAGUCAGCCUUGGUUGGAAGUAGGACUGGGGAAGGAUUAUGACUUAUGGUCCCAUAUCGGGAUAGCUGGGUGUCUUGUGUAUGACUGUACAGUCAUCAGUUGGAACUCUUGUUAACCUUACCAAGUGAAUGAAGAGGAUAUGCCAAUGCGAUACUGAUUAAGGCAACAAGUUAAUUGAGCCGAGUACUGACUAGAGCAAGCCCUCUUUCUCUGGGAACUAUAUCUGCCACAGGCUGUGAAUACGAUUGUAGCUUGAGUUUGCAGCUCCUCAGUGUUCUCAGAAGGAGAAGAACCCCCUGGGAGUUGGUUCCUGGUGGGUGGUUUUCUGGAGAUGGGGGAGGCGUCCAGAAGAAAACUGCUUUGGCUUAGGUGGUACUUGGUGAUGGUCGGUGUUCCCCCUUUGCUCUGUCUAAUCCAUCUAGCAUCUCUGAGCACUUCUUUGACAUCCACCCACUUAUUUAGAUUCUGAGGUUAGGGCAGGGCUUCGGACCCAGAGGGUGACAGAAGCUUUGCUAAAUAUUGUGUGGCCAGGCUUCAUUGUUCCUGCCUGAACCGUGAAGUCCACACAAAGCCCCUGCUGUUUGAAUCUCUUGUUAUUAAGCUAAGAAAACCCAAUUGCCGAAGGCCUUGAUGGAGUUCAUUUACCAAUAGUUAUUCCCUCACAAAUGAAGUCCAAACGUAAGAUGCUGGCUUUGAAAUUAUUUGUGGUCCUGGUCACUGAUUGAACUUAUGAUCUGAUUACCAUUAUAUGUACUUUGAUUUCUCUUAGGCCCCAGGCACAUGAAUGAGAAUUAAUGUCAUGGCUCUUCCUUAAAGACAUGAGGAGAAAGUGCCCCAGAAAUCUAGAUAUACAGGCUUCUUUAUUAAAUUCCACAGUUUUCUGUCACUUAAAAGUACUUAUCUAAGGGUAAAAUAAUUCAUGUGAAAUGACUUCCAGGGGACAAAGUGCACUUUCUAAAAGUUCUGAUAUAGGGUCAUGAACAAGUCUGAAGUUUGGGUUUGGAAUAUUCUAGCAUAUAGGGUUCCAGAAGAGCCCUUAACCAACAGUUUAAAGAGUUCUCUUCCUGAACUCACUUCUUCACUCAGGUUUGAAAUAUUUCUGUCUAAAAUGUUCCUUGUUAUUGUUAUUGUUGAUUUUUGGGUUCAGGCCGACAACUGUCUGGAAAAAUUAUCUUAAUUCCUUCUCUUAUGUCCUAAGUAGUACAUUGUACUAAGAAAUUCCAUAUUAAAAACUCUACUAACCUCCAUUUCUGAGAUUAUUGUCCCAUAAAUGGAGUUGCUUUCAUUUAAUCAAGUUGAAUUAUGUCCAUUUAGCCACGUUCAAGAGCAAGUAAAGACUGGAGAAAGCAAUCCUGUAACCCACGGACUCUGGUGUACCCAUUUGCCCUUAAUAAUGGGAAAUGUUUUGAAAUUCCCAGAAGAACAUUGCUUUGUAAUCAAAGUGAUGGGUUAUGAGAAAGCCGGGCUUUGGGUGAGGAUCACUGGGAUAGAGGGCGGUGCUUGCAGAUUUCCUAAACUACUUUAUGCCACUUAACUUCUGUUUCUGAAAGGCCUCCUUUGGUGCCAUGCACUGAGACCUGUCCGCUGAAUGAAGAUGCUUUCUUGGCAAAUUGGCAACCAUAAAGGCACCCUUUCCUUCUUCUAGAUCAUGCUCUGACACUGAUGUGGGAUCUGAAAAGGAAACACAGUCUUUUCUUUAAACUACAAAAGUAGCCCAGCCAGUCACUUAUUGCAGCCAUCUUGUUUUACGUGUCCUGGAUCACGAGAAACACUGUCACCAGAUCCCCUGAUUUCUAAGAGCUCUGUACCAAAUUGUGACUCAGUCGUUACGUCCUGCCGAGUGGUUUUUCCUUUAAGAUACCUUCUCUUACCACCCUGUGGCACUGAAUGUGUUGCUGUGGUACACAGAUGAUGCUGAGCUGUGAGUCUUUAAACAGCUCAGUUCUUGUGUUUUUAUAUUCUGUAACUGUUUUGUGAUGCUUUUGUGCAUUCUUUGUCUUCUCUUCCAAGUUUUGAAAUCUGUCUUAAAUAAACUUUUUCACUAUGCA